AUGGUUUCUCUUGUUCUCCUCAUUGCGUCCCUCGCAUCAGCAGGCCUCAUCGAGGGAGCCGCCGUAGAUGUAUCCAGCAAGGUUAACAUAGUAGCUAGGCAGCAGCGCGGAGGUCAAGGAGGUCAGCAAGGAGGGCAACAGAAUGGAAAACAAAAUGGCCAGAACGGUGGUGGCCAGAACGGUGGUCAGAACGCUGGCCAGACUUGCUUGAACAACAACCUCAUUCAGUCCGCUAGCGGUCUCACGGGCCAAGAAACAGGAACUGAGGGCAUCAAGCCUGGACAAGCACCUUCGGCUGUCGACAAAGCAAACUUCAUCAAUUUCUGCCAGGGCUCAGAACUCACCAAUGGCAUGCAGAUCAAGACCGGGUCCUGCAAUGGCAUACCUAUGGGCAAGAUCCCCGCGCAGACCAACAUGGUCACGGCCGUCAUCACUGAACCCAAAGUUGGUGUCAAAGUCCCUUCUGACACCACGUUCGACAUCGUGGUUCAGACUCAGCACCUUGACGCUGGCUUCUUUGUCAACCCCACGACCAACUAUUACACUGCGCCACAAAACCUGAACCAGAAUGGCGAUAUUAUCGGCCAUUGCCACGUUACGGUCCAAGACAUUGGCAAUUUGCAAGCGACCACACCUCCGGACCCAACCACAUUCGCCUUCUUCAAGGGCAUUGACGAUAACGGAAACGGGCAAGGUCUACUCAAGGCCACUGUUACAGAUGGUCUCCCUGUCGGCAUCUACCGUGUAUGCACCAUGAUAUCGGCUAGCAAUCACCAGCCGGUCAACAUGCCUGUGGCUCAGCGCGGCGCUCAGGAUGAUUGCACCAAGUUCGAGGUAGUUGCGUCCGGCAAAGGUGGGCAACAGCCAUCUCAGAACGGCAAGAAUGGCAACGCACAGCAGAACCAGGACCAGGAAGGCUUCUUGAAGAACAAGGGCGACAAAGGCAAUGGUGACAAAGGAAAUAACGCUGGUAACAACGGUGGAAACAAUGCCAAUGGCAAUGCUGGCAACGGUGCCAAUGCCGGUAACAACGCAAAUGCUGGCGCGAAUGCUGGCAACGCAAACGCAGGAAAUGGUGCCAAUGCCGGUAACAAUGCUGGGGGCGCGAAUGCUGGCAACGCGAAUGCUGGCAAUGGUGCUGCCGCCGGUAACAACGCAAAUGCUGGCGCCAACGCCGGUGAUGCCAACGCUGGGAACAGCACUGGCAACGCAAACGCUGGCAACGACGCCAACGCUGGGAACGAUGCCAAUGCUGGUGCUAAUGCUGGCAACGCGAAUGCUGGAGCGAAUGCCGGUAAUGAUGCCAAUGCAGGCAACGCAAAUGCUGGUGCCAAUGCCGGUAACACGAAUGCUGGUGCUAAUGCUGGCAACGCAAAUGCUGGUGCCAAUGCCGGUAACGCGAAUGCUGGUGCUAAUGCUGGCAACGCGAACGCUGGUGCCAAUGCCGGUAACGCGAAUGCUGGUGCUAAUGCUGGCAACGCGAACGCUGGUGACAAUGCCGGUAAUGAUGCCAAUGCUGGAGCGAACACCGGUAAUGGUGCCAAUGCAGGCAACGCGAACGGCGGCGGUAAUGCGAAUGCUGGACUUGUCCCAGGUAGUACCGGCAAAGUAGGUGGUGAAGGCCAAGCAGGAGGUGAAGGCAAGGCUGGCGGCGAAGGUAAAGCUGGUGGCGAGGGGAAAGCUGGCGGUGAAGGCCAGGCUGGUGGCGAGGGCGCAAGGAGGUUCAGGAGAGCGUCGAGAAGCCAGGAUUCGUGGUAA